AUGUCAGAGGAAACUGCUGCAGAAACAGAAAACUCCACUGCCCAGGAUCAUCCUCCUUAUAAUCGUCUGCAGUGUAAAAUCUGCCAUUCAGAUUUUUCGAACAUUUCAAAUUUGAGACGCCAUGAAAGACUACAACACAAUAAGGACAUGCAACCAAUUAUUUGCAUUGAUGUAAAUAAGGGCAUUUUUGUCACGCCAAAAGACCAGCAUGGACCAAGAGUGCCAAUUCAUGUCUGCAAAUCUGUUCUCUCCCAGACGAUGUCCUGUGAGGUAGACAUUUGCCGGGACCUCAUGGCUAUUGCACUAAAAAGUGGCAAUCCUGGGAUGGAGUGCCAGCAUUUGGAAAGGACAAACAAAGCAGUGGCAUAUGCUCCUCCACCACUUCUAACUGAAAAAUCCCUUCAGUCAAUGAGUGACAGAGGCCUUAUCUCAAGCACAAGACAACAGGAAUGCUGGGAUCUGAAUGCAAAGGCACGCUCACAAGAAACAGACUGUGUUUUCCCAAUUUUCUGGGAAGAACAGAGUCUUUCUGGUCGAUUUAUAUAUUUUUCAGUUUUUACCAACCAAAAGGACAACUGGUGCCAGUUUUUCAGAACCCGUGUGACCUUUGAUAGACAAGCGGGCCAGUGGCAUUGCCAGUGUCGCGUAAAGCACAAGGGCAUUUGUACUCACAGGUACCUUGCAAUGUGGUACUUGUUUCAAGAGCAUCCCCACCUACUAAAAGCAACAACAGCUUUGAAUUUGGAGGAAGAGGACAUAGAAGAAAGUGUCUCAGAAAAUGGAGAACCCAAAAGGCAUGCGGCUGAAAGGUCCGCUGAUGUCAUCAAGAUGACAGAAUAUUUAUGGAAUAAAAAGAAAAUCCCAGAAGACAUCCCACACGAACUUUCAACAAAGGAGCAAGCAAUCCCUGAGGCAUUCAAACCAUUAGAGGAGAUAUGUCCGUAUUGCCCUGGACCUUGUCCUCCUGCUCUGAAGGAGAGUCAGCUGUUGACAAUGCAUGGCACAGUCUAUUGCAUUUUUUCUGUGACCAAAGGUUAG